UCAUACGUAGGCUCGUGCAGUUUUUGUAGCGGCGUGUAUUGUGGUUUACGGAUGCUCGUCAGUGCUCACACGCUAAACACUCAGCACGGACAGGUUUCUUUUGUUUUAUUGUCGGUCGUUGUGACAGCAGACUGCAAACAUCCAGCCGAGAAGAGAUGGCCAUGAGCUCCGAGUCCGCUAACGGUAGCUCCGCGCUGAACGGAGAGCUGAAGAAGAGCAAGGUGGCUGUUAUCACCGGCAUCACCGGACAGGAUGGUUCCUACCUGGCUGAGUUCCUGCUCGCUAAAGGCUACGAGGUUCAUGGUGUUUUGCGUCACUCCAGCUCCUUCAACACGGGUCGCAUCGAGCAUCUUUACCAGAACCCGCGGACACACACUGGAGGCAGCACACCAGACAUGAAGCUGCAUUAUGGCGAUCUGACCGACAGCACGUGCCUGGUGAAAAUCAUCAACCAGGUGAAGCCUACAGAGAUCUACAACCUGGGUGCUCAGAGCCAUGUCAAGAUCUCCUUCGACUUGGCCGAGUACACCGCUAACGUGGACGGCAUCGGUACGCUUCGUCUCCUGGACGCCGUGAAGACGUGCGGUCUGACGAACAGCGUCAAAUUCUACCAGGCCUCCACUAGCGAGCUUUACGGCAAAGUCCAGGAGAUCCCUCAGAAGGAAACCACUCCCUUCUACCCUCGCUCACCUUACGGUGCCGCGAAGCUCUACGCCUACUGGAUCGUAGUGAACUUUCGAGAGGCCUACAACAUGUUCGCCGUCAACGGGAUCCUCUUUAACCACGAGAGCCCGAGGAGAGGUGAGCUCGCAGCACGACACGCAUACUGCUGUUCAACGUCCCCACAAAGCAGUUUCUUGUCCUACAGCGUGGAAAUGAGAUUUUGGAGGAGCAUCUGAUAGUAAUAGAGGAGAAGACAGGAGUAUGUGCUGCUCAAAGAGCCGUAUUAAAGGUCACAUUAGGGCUGAGCAAUGUUUUCAUUAAACUGCUGGCGAAGGUUUUUUAUAUAUUGAAGUAUUCCUGUGUGCCAUCUGUUGUUUAUAAUGAUCAGGCAGGAGUUGUAAAAAAAAGAGGAUCACCACUUUAUUCAGAAAACAUUUAACUUUUAACUGAAUGGAAUAAUUCCAAACAAGAAAAUAAGCUUAUUUUUUGCAGUCAAAAAUCUGCCAAUAUGUUUUAUCAGAUUGACAAACUAGAUGAUCUAUUCUGGUUGUGGAAAAAAUUACAUCACCUGUCGAGAGCAACAGGCUGAAUCCACAAUAAAAACCGUUCAGCAGAAGGUAAACCAUUGUUGGAUUUUGUACAAUUACAAGUAUUCAAUUACAUGCUCUAUAUAAAGUCAUAUUCAUUUAUUGGUGGAGCCAGGUCCCUCAUAACCACUUGACACACAAUCGCACGCAUUCUGACACAUAGUAAGUCGUUUGUGGUCAUGUUUUUAAUAUGCGCCCUGAGCCCCGAGGGUCGCAGGCGCUGGUUUAACCCGAUUUACACGCCACCGCGACCCAAAAAUGAAUACCACAUGACUGCAGCCCCAGCGCUGAGCCCAGGUCAGCCGCUCAGGUGUUUAUGAUUUAUCCAAUAAUGAAGGCCCCGGCCGCGACCCCGGCCGAGGUUCAGGGGUCAGCCAGUAAACCCUAAUGGGUUACCACAGAUAGAUAGGUGUGGGAACCGGUGCGCUCUUACAGCCAGCUCAGCAGAGACGGUGUGGUCGCCGUCCGAGGUCUUGUAAGGGACAGCUAGUCCGUCCUGGGAAGGAUGUGUGAUGCGGAAGAAAGAAUGGGCUGGAUGACGGGAGGAGCCAUGGAGAUCAACAGAAAGUGAAUCUAAAACAAUAUUUGCGAUUUACGAUAAAUCAGUCGAUCGAUCAGAGUUACUGAUCAUGAAAGUAAUCAUUAGUUGGAGCUCUCGAGAUAAACAAACUGAAACUAUGAAAUCGGAGUGUGUCCUUUUCCACACAAUGACCUUAUAAGGGCAAAGCUCUCCGCUCCCUCUGUAACACUCCCUUAGCCUUUUGGUCCCUCGUCAGCUCUUUUUCAUCUCUGUCUCUGACUCUGCUUCUAUCUUUCCAUUCCUUUCUUUUCCUUUUUCUUCCUCUCUCUCUUGCUUCAUUUCACAUCUUCAUCCUCCCUUUUUCCACAGUCAGCAUUACUGCAGCGGGCCAUUGGGUUUACUCCCGCCACUUCUAUUCUCAGAGUUACGGCCGUCGUCGCUCAUAAAGCAGGAACGCUGAGCUGUGAUGUGGCCAGAUGUCCCACGCUGCUGCCUUGCACAACCCAGUGUGGCGCUUGUGUUGGCUGGAUUGGCCAGUGUUUACCCGGGCCCCCCCGGGGCCCGCCAUGACCCUGCCUCUGCCGCGCUGAGGGGGCGUUUGGCCGCGCUCUCCUUCACACGCAGGAGGUGCUUUAGAGGGGAGGAGACGAUGCUUUGAGCUGCGAAACACCCGCAUGGCACAGUUUGUUAUUGUUGGGGUGUGAGGUACGUUACACAGCGUGAGAUACAUAGCUGUGUGCUGUACAGAGAGAACACUGAUCCACCUUUACGUCACUCCUGGGGUCUUGGAUGCUGAUUCAAGCCAUUGAGUGUUUUCUACCCUCACGCCAGAAAAAGUACUGAGUGAAGCUGACCGUGCUCCACUAUUAACUAUAUUAUUAUAUAUUAUAUUAUGUAUUAUAAUAUUUCUUGAAUUCAACAUUAUCGAUAGUGUCCUCAGAGAUAUUCACUAUACGUUUGAUAGUGUUUGUUUGUGACGUAAAUGGAGUUCAGUUUCCUUUAAAUUCAAUUUAAAAUAGUACAUUGAACAUCAUAGUAAUUUAUAUACUUUAUAAUGUUAGGGUAAGUAUUGUGGUGGGACACUAUAAAGAUCUUUCUGGGAAAAGACAAAACUGAAUCUAAUAUAUAUAAUAUAAGAAUUCAGCCGUUAUGACGGUGGCUACCCAGGUAAAGACAAAAACGUGCACCAACAGAAAGUCAAACAGUAGGAACCAAACCAACAACACACAAUAAGAUAUCACUGAUAUAUACAAAAUCAAAAGAAAUCCAUAAAUUCACACUACUGGCUACUCUCUUUGAUUCCCGCGUGAUUUGGCAACAUUUCCCACCGAAACCAAUGACAUCACUUAAAAAAACGGAUGUCCACCUCUCCUCCGCUCUCAGCCACACCCUGAACACCUCUGUUCUGUGUUCUUACGUGUGUUAACGCUCUUGUAUCAGAGAGAGAUAAAGGAUUAUUUAUAGUCUGUGUGCUGCCCCUCCUUUCCUUAUAUGCACCACUUGUAUCUCUGCAUAAUUAGUCACUAAUGAGGGAAGGAAGUCCAUGAUGUCAGCGUCGGUGGCCCUGAC